AUGGGUCCUGUGACUCAAGGAAAAGUUCUUGGAGGAACAAGCUCUCUUAAUGCUAUGAACUUUGCGCGAGGAAGCAGACACGAUUUUGAUAAGUGGGAAAAAACGUACAAUGCGACUGGCUGGGGUUACAGCUCAGUAUUGGAUUACUUCAAGGAGAUUGAGAAGUUUAUGGUCGAGGACGAAAGCGUGACCGAGAAAGCGAAGUACCACGGGGAGAAAGGAGAAACACCGGUCCAAUACCCUGACUACAACACUCCGAUAAGUGACGCCUUUCUAGAAGCUUGUAAAGAGCUCGGCUAUGAGAAAAUAAAUUUCGAUUCAAGAAAGAAAGCCACUGGAGUGGAAUUUGCCAAGGACGGCGUCAACAAGACAGUGAGCGUGAAGCGUGAGGUGAUUGUGUCGGCAGGAGCCAUCGGUUCCCCCAAGCUGCUCAUGCUCUCAGGAGUCGGACGCGAAGAUCAUUUACGGCAACUUGGAAUCGAUGUCGUUGCCAAUGUCCCCUACGUGGGACAAAAUCUCCAGGACCACGUAGUUUUCCUAGGGUUUGUUGUAACGACGAAAGAGGACCUGAUUGGACUGAAGAACAUUAACAAGAGUAUCGCACAAUACAUGUACAAUAGAACUGGACUCCUCACCAUACCCGGCGGCUUUGAAGCACUGCUCUUUGACCAUAGUGGUGUCGGCGAAGUCGUUGAAGACUACCCUGACUUGGAGCUGGAGGUCGCGGCCGUGUUUCCCACAGAACAAAUUGCACGGUCGCCUUACGUUUCUCCUGAGGUGUCGUAUGACAGGAUGUUUGUUGCAAUCUAUGACACCUACUAUAAGCCAAUGAUUGGUAAGAAUGGCUUUAUGGGCGCGCUAGCCAUGGUGCAGCCCAAGGCUCGAGGCGCCGUUUACCUCAAAACAAGCGACCCGACCAAUCCACCGGCGAUUAAUCCGAAUUUGUUCGGUACAAACGAAGACCUCAACCGAUUAGUUAAUGGUACCAUGAAGCUCAAGAGUCUCUUCGAAUCAAAGGCCAUGAAGAAAAUCAACGCAGAGCUGUGGAAGCAGAAGUUCCCGCGUUGCAAACAGUUCGUAGUCUGGACCGAGGACUACGUACGAUGCUUCAUCCAAGAGGCAGCCUUCCCUGGCCAGCAUGUAUGCUGCACUUGCGCUAUGGGCCAGAAUGAUCAGUCCGUUGUUGAUGAAAGACUGAGGGUGAAAGGAGUGUCUGGAUUGCGAGUUGCUGACGCGUCAGUGAUGCCAAGUAUUGUCGCUGGAAACACUAACGCAGCUGUAAUGAUGAUUGCCGCUAAAGCGUCUGAUAUGAUCCUCAAGGACGCGGAGGGUACUAGUCUGAGAGCGCGCGUCCUGCGCUUGCUCACCUCCCCGGAGCAUGGAGAUCGCCGCACCUCCCAGAUGCUGAACAGUAUGGGGCAGCUCCUGUUCACAAGAAACGUCGACUCGAGCAGUGUGCUCUUGAGGGAGCUCUUCCUGCAGCGCUUGCCGCAGUCUAGUCGCCUUUGGUUCUACUUUCGCAUCUCCAAUGCCUUGUCCGAGGACCGUAAUAGCACUCUGUUCAACCGCACACUAGCUUG